AUGCUGUUGAAUUUCUUAGCCGAGAAGAAAAGCAUUUCUUACACUGCCUGCGCUGUGCAAAUGUAUCUCUUUCUCUCUUUUGCAGAUGUUGAGUGCCUGUUGCUGGCUGUGAUGGCAUAUGACCGUUAUGUAGCCAUCUGUAACCCGCUGCUCUAUACGGUCACCAUGUCCCGGCAGCUUUGUAAAGGGCUGGUGGCCGGGGUAUACGCUGUGGGCAUGGUAGAUUCAAUGAUACACACAUUUUGUACACUUCGUUUGUCAUUCUGCAGCUCCAACAUCAUCAAUCAUUUCUUCUGUGAUAUCACCCAAUUGCUGGUGCUUUCCUGCUCUGACACCCGCAUCAAUGACAUUGUGAUGUUUGCCUUCGUUGGCUGUAUUGUAGUGAGCAGCUUUGUGACUGUCCUCCUCUCCUAUGUCUAUAUCAUCUCCACCAUCCUGCAGAUCCACUCUGCCGAGGGCCGACACAAAGCCUUCUCCACCUGCACUUUCCACUUGAUCGCUGUGGUCCUGUUUUAUGGCAUCCAACUUUUCAUGUGUUUACGUCCCACCUCCAGCUAUUCCAUGGUCACAGAUAAAGUGGCCUCAGUGUUUUACAUGCUGGUGAUCCCCAUGUUGAACCCCCUAAUAUACAGCCUGAGGAACACGGAGGUGAAGGGUGCCCUGAGGAAAGCAAUGAAUAAACUCCUAACCAAUUCCUGA